CACCUUUUCGUCACGGAUGUGGGCAACAGGCUGUAAUUGUCAUGACGUGUUCUGUCCGCCCGCAUCGUACGGCUCGCCGUUCAGUGAUCGGAGCACAGCUGCUAUUGACUAACAGAAGAGCCUGAGCCAAAGACUAAUCUUCCCAGCGAGACAAACACGGUUUAUUUGUUCUGGUUAUAGCAGCUCCUUUUAUCGACUAUAAUGAGGUGGUGACCCUGGGUCGGCCAGGCCGUGAGAUGAUUGCAGCUUGGCACAGAGAAAAGACGAAGCAGAGUGACUGAGAAAGAAGUAUGGGCAGGAGUGUCUGGGGCUGCUGGCGAGGCGUCUUCUCUACUGCACUGCUCUACGGCUCUUUGGCCUUGUUUACCUCCAUCCUGCACAAUGUGUUCCUCCUCUACUAUGUGGAGACGUUUGUGUCCAUCUACAAGAUUGAUAAAAUCUCCUUCUGGGUGGGAGAGACCAUUUUCCUUAUAUGGAACAGUCUGAAUGAUCCUCUCUUUGGCUGGCUGAGUGACCGCUCCUUCCUCAGCUCUCCUCAGUCAGGCUCUCAGAUCACAACUCCAGAGGUGGUGCUGAAGCGCCUGAAGGCCCUCUCUACAAAUGGCCCUCUCUUCGCUCUGUCCUUCCUGGCCUUCUGGGUGGCGUGGGCCAGACCGGGACUGCAGUUCCUGCUGUGCCUGUGUCUGUACGAUGGCUUCCUCACUUUGGUGGACCUCCAUCACAGCGCCCUGCUGGCUGACCUCGCUGUGUCCGCCUCCGACCGCACGCGCCUCAACUUCCACUGCUCUGUGUUCAGCGCUUUCGGCUCAUUCUCAGUAUUUCUGUCUUACUCCUUCUGGGAUAAGGAGGAUUUCUACUCGUUCCGUCUCUUCUGUGUGACUCUGGCAGUUUUUUCCAUCUUGGGCUUCUUCUCGGUGUCUCGGUCGCUGCAACAGCGUUUCCAAAAGGAAGUCCUUCUAAAACACGACGAGGAACAGAUGCUCAAAGAGCUGAGUCUUGGCCACGCUCCUCUUACCCAUCCAGAAAAACCUGUCACCAUUGGACAAUACCUCAAGCAGCUCUCCAAACACAGGAACUUCAUGUGGUUCGUGUCGAUGAACCUUGUUCAGGUGUUUCACUGCCAUUUCAACAGCAACUUCUUCCCUCUUUUCCUGGAGCAUCUUCUCUCUGACAAUAUCUCCGCCUCCACAGGUUCAAUCUUACUCGGCAUCUCUUACAUUGCCCCACAUCUGAACAACUUGUAUUUUCUGACACUGUGCCAGCGAUACGGGGUUUACCGAGUUAUCCGCUGGCUAUUUAUGCUCAAACUGGGACUUAGUGUGGCUAUGCUGCUGGCGGGGGCUGACCACAUUUAUCUGCUGUGCAUCUUCAUUGCUAGUAACCGGGUGUUUACGGAGGGGACGUGCAAGCUGCUGAAACUGGUCAUUUCCGACCUGGUGGAUGAGGACUUUGUGGUGAAUCGGCGUCAGCAGGCCGCCUCCGCGUUGCUCUUCGGGAUGGUUGCCUUGUUGACCAAACCUGGCCAGACGUUCGCCCCUCUCAUUGGCACGUGGCUGCUGUGUGUUUACACAGGUUAUGAUAUUUUUGAGAGGGAACCUGUGAAGGACUCUCUGGUUUCUGUGCCUGACGUUGCCUCUGGCUCAGGGACUCCACCUCUGCGCCUGGGCUGUUUCUACAUGUUGGUGUUUGUGCCUAUCACCUGUGCCCUGCUCCAGCUGGCUGCCUGGUCUCGCUUCACGCUUCACGGCCGCAAGCUGCAGGGGAUCAAGGCCCUGAGGCAGGGGGCCCAGCAUGGCCACCUUAUCGAUGUCAAGGCCAUAUGAACUGAAAAAGAUCUGCUUGAAGCUGCACAGAGACACUUUGAAAUUGCCUGCUUUACAAUCCCUUUUGAUGAUGGAUGAGAAGAACAUGAAGCAGAAGGCUGCGCUGAUGUCUUCACUGUGCAGCCCAGUCUGAUGUGCAAGAAUAUGAACCACUAAACGUGGCUUUGUGGACAGUGGAAAAAUGCCCAGUGGGCUGACAAACCGCUCUGGGAAGAACAUGAAACAACAUUUCCAAACAUGAAACCUGCCUUAUUUUUUUAUAUUAAAAUAUUGACCUAUAUUUAUAUUUGAACAGAUGACCAAAAGUACAACCAAUCAAUCCUUUGGGAUGUAGACGGACCAAGGCGACAACUUUACGUGGUGCGCGCCAAAGAAGGGGCGCCCUCUUUAAAACUGUGUGUAAAGCAUAAUUCUGGUCUAGACUGCAGUCUGAUUGGCCGCGCCGAUUUGUAAUUUGUCAGUAACAUCAGUCUGAUUUAAAAGAAUAAAAAUAAACGAACAAACAACAGAAGAGAUUUAUCACAGAGCUGCAUUCAACUGUGCUAUUGAUGCUGCAUGGAAACUGCACUUCAGAGCUGAUUGUUGUAGUGUUUCUUUAUAUUUACACAUGAAACCCUGCCAGUUUGAUGUUGAGAACUGUAUUUUCUGAUACAUUCAGUGAUGACGAUGAUGUUUUUGCACAAAACUGCCAUUUGUCUGUUGUACUUUUAACAUUCUGAUUGUGACUUGCUUUAUGUACUGUAGUAACGACCAUUGGAAUUAGGAACUUGUGCUGGUAACCAUAUUUAUCAGCUUACUUUUGUAAUUUUUCAGAUUAUACAAAGAUCGUGAGGCAUUACCACAAAUAAAUCUACUUUAUGUUAAAAGUUGACCAAAA